AUGCGGGUCACAGUGUUCCUCAGAAUAAAGCCAUCAUCCCAUGUCGACGUAAAAAGACACCUAUACUUGGAGGACGAUCAGACUGUGCGCAUUGACAAUGAUAAACUUAAAACCAUUGUACCUGUUAAUAAUCAAAUAAUGGCUAUGAAUUAUAAAUUUGAUAGAAUUUUCUAUCAUAAUUCACAAGAAGAAAUUUAUCAUGUGACAGCAAGUAGUUUAAUUAAAGAUGCUUUGAUUGGAAUCAAUGGAACGAUAUUCUGUUACGGACAAAUAGGAGCUGGUAAAACAUAUACAAUGAAUGGUUUAUCACAAACUUAUAACGAUCGUGGAAUUAUACCACGAAGUCUUGGUCAUUUAUUUGAAGAAAUACAGAAAAGAUCAACACUUUCUAUUACUGUGAAGCUGUCUUAUAUUGAAAUAUACAAUGAACAAAUUAUUGAUUUAUUAACUAACAUAUCAUCGAACAAAACAACAACACUUCAACAACCUUCUUUUGAUUCUCUACAAAUUGCUGAAUCAAAUGAUCAAGUUUAUGUUAAAGGAUUAAAUUGUUUAACUGUGAAUAAUUUAGAAAAAGCAUUAACUAUAUUGUUCGAGGGAGAAUUGAAUCGUACUGUUGCAUCACAUUCCUUAAAUCGUUUCUCAUCACGUGCUCAUGCUGUAUUCACAAUCUAUCUGACGAUCAUUGAUCCAAUGGACAGUGAUCGAUGUACCAAAUACAGUAAAAUUCACUAUGUGGAUUUAGCCGGGUCAGACAGUUCGAAGGAAACACAGGUUACUGAUAAACUUUUCAAGGAAGCUGCUUACAUUAAUCGUUCUUUGGCAUUUCUAGAGCAAACAAUUUUGGCGUUAUCUGAUUCAACAAGAGAUUAUGUACCAUAUCGACAAUCAAAAUUAACUCAUUUUCUAAAAAAUAGCAUUGGAGGUCGUUGUCAAACUAUUCUCAUAGCUAAUAUAUGGAAUAAAUAUACAUAUCUAAAUGAAACUUUAUCCACUUUACGAUUUGCGAGUCGAGUUAUGUCGAUUCCAGGCAAACCUGAAAUUAAUCAAAUGCAUGAUUCUAUGGCCAUCAUAAAGAAAUUGAAAAAUUCCAAUGCUAAUCUACUGCGAGAAUUACUUAUGUAUGAUACAUUGAAUGCAUUGCUUAGUAUAGAUAUAGAAUAA